GGGGUUAGUGCCGCAACAUAAUGCAUCCAACAGUCAUGUCAUUGAAGUGGCUCUUGCUCGUUGCCCUGGUGGCACUGCUCAGCAUUGGAACUGGCACCUCGGCCAAGCCCAGAAGGACCACCAUCCAGGCCAGACCUAGUCCCGAGCAGCUGAGUCUCCUCCAGCGCCUGAAUGCCAGGUAUUAUGCCGUCCAGCAGGACGAAGAAGAGGAUGGCGAUGACAUUAUGGAGCACGAAGAGGAUCUGGCCAACGAUGGCGACGAGGAUGAGGACGAGGAGGAAGAAGGCGACGAGGACGAGGAGAUAAAACAACUGGAUAACAAAGAGCUGACCUCUAACACCGCAUCCACCAAGACAAAGAGUGGAGUGAAGAACCAGCAAGCGGAGGAGGAGCAGGAGCCAACCGAUGAAGUCCAGGAUCUCGAGGAGCCCCAGCAGGAACUGGAAAAGGAAAGUGAGCUGUCCCGCGCUGAGCCACGUAAUCGCAGACGCGGCGGAAGGCGGAACGGACGCAAGGGGCGUGGCCGCAAGAACCGCAGGAGGGGCAAUCGCCGGUGCGGGGCCAAGGGAAGGCGCGGUCGUCGUGGCCAACGCAAACGCAGCGGCAACAAGCGGCGAACGGGCAACAAGAACAAACGCCAGGGCCAGAAAACCAAAGAAGCCGCCACCAAGACGACUGUAGCGCCAGCCACCAAGGUGGCCUAAAGCGUUAAGUACCCCUCUGAAUGCAGCUUUACAACUCGUUUAAACAGCACCCAAACUAACAAUAAAUAAACAAAAACCACAUA